GGAAACCUCAGCUCGUCAUGUAAUUUUGCAAAAAAUUAUCAGUACAGUAGACUAUUUCGUAUUUUACGGGUCAUAAAAUGUUUGAACAAGUUCUGGACAAGGCUGGAAGGUCAACGAACGAACAAGAAAGACAGAAACGCAUUCAAAAGGUGACAAGAUCUAACGAUGAUGACAAAAAUCCAUGUAUGAAGGAACAAAAGAUGUCACUGAAGUGCCUCCAAGAUCACAAUUAUGACAGAGACAAAUGUAGUAUAUACUUCAAAAAUUACAAAAACUGCAGGGAGUUUUGGUCUAUGAUAAUGAAAGAACGGAACAGAAAGGGCAUAAGCCCAUCACUUCCCCCUGCUGAAGAGAGAGAAACAAUACAAAAGGAUUAUAUAGCUAGAAAAAUGAGUUGGGUAUUCUAUUUAAUAUUUGGAAUUAUAAAUUGCUCGACCAACGGUGAAGUCCAAAGGCCGAGAGGUGUGGCGAUUUCAAAAGCCUCAUUGUAUCAGCCUGGGAAAAGUUUCUAUUGCUUUGAUGGUUCAGGAAAAAUAGAGUUUGGUCUCAUCAAUGAUGAUUACUGUGACUGUGUAGAUGGAUCAGAUGAACCAGGAACAUCAGCCUGUACAAAUGGGCAGUUCCAUUGUACAAAUGCAGGGUAUAAACCUCAGUACAUCUCAUCUGCUUGGGUCAAUGAUGGAAUAUGUGACUGUUGUGAUGGAACAGAUGAGUACAGUGGUAUUGUGUCUUGUGAAAAUAAUUGCAUGGAACUAGGCAAAGAGCUUCGUGUCCAGCAACAGGCAGCUAAGGAGCUUGCUGAGCAAGGUUAUCUUCUUAAAGUUGAAUAUAGUAAACAAGGAUUAGAAGCCAAGCAAAAUAAAAAGGAAAGAUUAACAGAACUGGCACUUGAGAGAACAGCUCAAGAAACACUGAGAGUAAACUUAGAAGCUAUAAAAAAAGAAAAGGAAUAUCCAGAAAAAGAGGCAAAAGAUAAGCAUCAGCAAGCCUGGGAGGAGGAGAAAGCCAGGAGAGCUGCUGAGGAAGAGAAAAAAUCUGCUCUAGAAGCUUUUAUAGACCUAGAUACCAAUCAAGACAAUCAAGUGUCAAUAGAAGAGUUAAUGGAUCGAACUGAGUUUGAUAUUGACUCUAAUGGAACGGUGACUCCAGAUGAAGCUAAGGAACACUUGGAAGAUAAUGACCAGGUUGACUUUGAUAUGUUCCUGGAGAAGAUCUGGCCAAAUAUCAAGGGAAUAUACAAACCUGUUGAACAGGAACCAACUGAAACACCAGAUGAAGGAGCACAGGAGGCCAGAGGGGAUGAGGGAGAGCCUAACACCACUCCACCUCCCCCAAUUGACUUUCCCCCACCACCAGGAUCUUUAAAAGAAGGUGACCCUGAUAUUGCGGAUCAUGACGAAUAUCAUCCUGAUUUUGAAGAAGAGUAUGAUGGUGAAGAUGAGGAAGAUGAUUUACGUGAAGCUUAUGAAGAAGAGGAAGAAGAGGAACCUUAUGAUGAGGAGGAUAACUCUGACAAUAAAGACAAAGCUGGGGAUAAUGAUGACCAGAUGCCAGACUACGAUGAGGAAACACAACAGUUAAUUGAUGCUGCUGAUGAAGCAAGGAAAAACUACAAAGAAGCUGACGAUAAAAUCAGUGAUAUAGAUAGAGAAAUGACAGAAUGUAAUGAACUCAUUGACCUUGACCUUGGGUCAGACCAUGAAUUCUUCCCUCUUAAAGGUCAAUGCUAUGAAUACACUGAUAGAGAAUACACAUACAAAUUAUGUCCAUUCCAAAAAUCUACACAGCGUCCCAAAAAUGGUGGUGCAGAGACUAGUUUAGGGACCUGGGGUAAAUGGGAUGGACCCGCAGAUAACAAGUACAGUGUAAUGAAAUAUGAAAAUGGUCAGGGAUGUUGGAAUGGACCUAAUCGAUCUACAACUGUAAAAAUCACAUGUGGUACAACCAGUGAAGUUUUUUCUGCCACAGAGCCAAGUCGUUGUGAAUACCAAUUUGAGUUCAGAACUCCAGCAGCAUGUAAUAAACAAGUUGAUACAGGAUCACACUAUGAUCAUGAAGAACUAUAGUGAUAUGCAAUCUAGGAUAUUAAAUUCUCAUUCACAUAAUUCUGAACAUAGAAAAUUUUGCAUGAUCGACUUUUGGAAUUUGGCACUAUUCAUAUUUAGAGGUUUUGGUUGUGAAAGCAUAUAAGAUGGUCAUAACUCACAUAUCUAUCAUGCAAAAUUCUCUAUGUAUACAGGAGAUCAUAAUAUAUUCCAAAGGAAUAACAUCAUGGACAUUGUGUAAAGUAGGAAAUGGAGUAGAUGUUAAAGUCAGAACUAAGAUAUGAUGUCUAUUCUUACACUUACAAAAGUUAUUGCCAAACUCAGAACUGGUGUGAUGGUUACACUGUAUUUAUCGAUAAAGCAUUGCUCAAUUUGCUCCAAAUAAUAUUCUCUUCAGAGCAUAUAAAUGUAUAUUUUGGUAGAAGUUAGCAGGAGUUAGUUGGUUAGAGCAUGGGAAAUGGUUGCCCCAAGAUAGUUGUAUGAAAAAUGAUUAACCCCAAUGGUAUGCACUAUCAUGAUGAGAUUUUUCAAUUUAAUGUGUUAUAAAAGUUUAAACAAAUACAGCUCUACUUAGUGUACAUUUACACUUUAAUUUAAUAUCCAUUCCUUAGCUAUUAAUGUCAAAAAUGGAGAGCUUAAUAAAAGAAACUAAAUUCUGAAGAGAUUUCUAACAGUGUACUUAGACUAUUUAAUGUGUGUGUGUAUGUAUCAUAUAUUAAUAUAUGUAUGCUACUUAUUGAUGUCAUUUUUAGAGGUUGAUCACAUAAAACUGUCAAAAUUAUAUAAUCCCACAUGUUAAAAACAUCAUGUCUUUCAGAAAAAUGCAAUAUGCAAGGGACCAGGCAAAUAUGUCAAUGGGCACCUCCAAUUUAAUUGAAAAUUAAAAA